CACCUUUGACCAACGUGUCACGAAGUACGAUAACGAGGUAACAUGGCAGCAGUAGCGGUACAUGAAGAACAUGGGUUCUUCUUGGCUAUUUUGCGACCAAAAGCCACGCCGGGCCGUGGUUUUGGCUGUCCCAGAUUACUUCUCAUUUCAUCCUGUCCGUAUCCAUCCGGUCAGCUAUGGACAUCAAACAUCGGCUGGUCGUAAUCGAGCAAAAGGUUCGUCUUCGAGGCGAUGAUGCGCAACACGAACAGACGGACUCUUGGAGUAAUCGCGAUUUAAUACCCCUUCCCCCUACGCGCAGGACUUGGGGCUGGUUUCACUUCUUUGGAUUCUGGGCUAUUUCGAGUCUUAAUAUUGCCAAUUGGCAGACGCCUAAUACUUUCUUGACACGAGGCCUCUCAGUAGCCCAAUCUAUGAUGAUCAUCGUCGUCGGCAGGCUACUCAUAUCAAUGUUCUCAGCACUCAUUGCUUGGUGUGGAUUGAAAUGGCACAUCGGUUUUACGGUACAGAAUCGCUAUACCUGGGGGAUGAGGGCAAGUUAUAUCCCGCUGCUGCAACGAAUAUUGCUCAACUUUAUCUGGAACGCAGUUCAAUGUUGGAAUGGGGGAAGGCUGGUUGCAGUAUGUGUGGCUGCCAUCUGGCCCUCAUUUGCUAGAAUUCGAAACACACUUCCUUCUAGCAUGCCCACAACAACGUACGAGUUUGUCGGCUUCACUAUCUUCUGGUUUCUCUCAACACCAUUUCUGUGGCUCCGCCCCGAGCGAUUCAAGUUGCCAUUCCAAAUAAUCUCCGUUUACUGUGGCAUCGGCAUGCUUAGUUGGAUGAUCUGGGCAUUAGCCACAGCGAAAGGGGUUGGCCCACUCUGGGACACUCCCGAAAACAUCCCGACAAGCUCGCCUUGGAAUUCUUCAUGGCUGAUUAUGUCUGGUAUCAACCAAAUGCUAGGGGGCAUAGCAGCCGGAAUCACUAACGGAUCCGACUUUUCUCGUUACGCCCGCGGGAAAAGACACUACAUUGUUGGUACAAUAUUGAGCGCAUGGAUUACCGGAACUAUAGUGUCCUUUAUUGGUCUUGUUACUGCCUCAGCCUGUCAGAAGAUUUACGGCGAGGUAUACUGGAACCCCCCUGAUCUCCUCAUGGUUAUGAUGGAUUCUGGGAAGGGCUCUUCUAAGGCUCGGGCCGGCGUUUUCUUCCUCUCCGCCGGGUUUGCCCUUACAGCUAUGUUUGAGAAUAUCUGUGGCAAUGCAGUGGCAGGUGGGAUCGAUCUCGCUGGUCUCUUCCCUCGCUACAUCGAUAUUCGCCGCGGAGCUAUCAUUACGUUUGUUGCUGCAUGGAUUGUGCAGCCGUGGCAACUCAUCAACCGAGCAAUCACUUUCAUCUCGGUACUAUCGUCGUUUUCGGUCUUCCUCGCACCCAUUAUGGGCGUGAUGGCUUGCGACUAUUACAUCCUUCGCAAACGUAAGAUCAGGCUAAGCCACCUCUACCGGACUAAGGACUCGACCUACUACUUCUGGUACGGGGUCAAUUGGCGGGUAAUCCCGGCCUGGAUGUGUGGUUGGGCUCCGACAAUUGGUGGAUUGGUGGUGACGGUUCGAGGGGAUGCCAAUCCACCACGAGCUUUGGUUCAGCUGUAUUACAUGGCUUUCUUCAUCGGGUUCUUCACGAGUGCGACAAUAUUUUUUGUAUUGAACAAGCUCUUUCCUGUCCCCCACAUGGAUCAGUAUGACGAAGUUGACAUCUACGGGACAUUCACGGAAGCGGAAGCUAGGAAGCUUGGUGUCAUUAGACUUGGUAACUCUCGUGAUGUGACUAUUGAUGGCACUGCAGAUGGUCAUGGGUCUGUGGAGAAUGUUGUUGUCGAUGACAUAGGGAUAGACAAAUUGUAA